AUGAGUUCUCCAACAUUCACAUUACUGUCCCUCUUUCUGAUCUUCAUUGUUUUUCUUUCCAGCUGCUUUGAUAAUCACUACGUAAAUGGUGACUUGAUCAUUGAUGUAUGUAGGAGUGCAUCCAAAAGUGAUCCACGAAUAAAGUAUGAUUUUUGUGUUGCAUCUUUUUUAGAAAACCCUGCAAGUAAAGAUGCUAACCUUUUGGGGCUUGGAGAAAUAUCGACUCAAAAAUGUCUACAAAAUGCAACUUCUAUUCAAUCGAAUAUCUAUAAAAUCUUGGAAGGGGGAAAACAAGGACCAGAUCUAAAGCCAUAUGUAGAGCCUCUAGAGACUUGUUAUUUGGGGUAUGCGGUUAGUACAGAUUUUGUUAAUGACGCUAUCGAAGGUUUUGAAGCUAAAGAUUAUGGUACAGCUAAUAAGUUCAUGAGGCUUACAAUGGGUGCUGGAACUGGUUGUGAAAAACUUUUAAGAAAAGUGGUGUGCGCUCAACAAUGA